CUACAAUCCGAUUCUCAACAUUUUGCGUAAUUAGGUAUUCUCCUUUCUCACUGCCCCAAGCGGGGAAAAUGCGAGAAUGUUUGGAGGACGUAUGAAUGGGACGUGUGGCUGCUGGCGCUAAAACUCGUUUGCAUUCUUGGUUUUGAAUUGACGCGAUUGUCGUUUAAGCACACGACGGGCGGAAGUCGUCAUUGCUUGUGCCCGACCUGUUACUAUCAUUAUUUGCAUGCACUUGAGAACUAUCAAGCCUGAUAAACCGAAGCUCUGGAAGCGUCGUUGACGUCGUUCUUCGCACCAUAUGACUGCGACAGUUUACGGUUCUGCGAUAAGUGACUGCUCCCGACUCGCUGCGAACCAUGGCGAGAAAUUUGGUUUCAAAGAUCGGGGUGUAGUCAGUGAUUGAGAGCACACCAUGACCACCAACCACGGGAACUGGCCCAGCUCAUGUCUGGUUCAAUUCAAGAACUGCACCAUACUCCGGGACCACAAGCUCAUACAGGAAGACCUGUGGAUUCGGAACUGCCUAAUCGUCAAUCCCGAGCCCAUCUUCUACGAAGAGCGAGUAACCGCCGACAUCCAAGUUGACUGCAAGGGGGCAAUAAUUUCUCCUGGGUACAUUGACCUCCAAAUCAAUGGUGGAAUGGGAGUGGACUUCUCCCACAACGUCGACAUCAUAGGAGAAGCCGUCGCCAAAGUGGCCAAGGGCGUGCUCCCAUUUGGCGUCACGUCCAUCUGUCCGACUAUCGUCACUUCGACGCCCGACGUCUACCACAAAGCACUCUCCAAGGUUCAGAAAUGUGAUGGGAGUGCCAAUGGUGCCGGAAUCCUGGGGCUGCACCUCGAGGGUCCGUUCAUCAACAAGCACAAGAAAGGUGCCCACAAGGCCCAGCUGAUCCAGAGCCUUGAUGAUGGGCUAGAGGCAGUGGCGAGGAUGUACGGCCCUCUGGACAACGUGGCCAUCGUCACUGUUGCUCCUGAGUUGGACGUCGAGGACAUCGUCAUCCCGUCCCUGGUCAAGAGGGGCAUCACCGUUUCCAUUGGGCACUCAGAAGCAAAUCUAGUCCAAGGUGAAAAGGCGAUCCAGCGGGGUGCAUCCUUCAUCACGCACCUGUUCAAUGCAAUGCUGCCCUUUCACCACCGAGAUCCUGGUUUGGUUGGGCUGCUCACCUCCAAGAAGCUCCCCGAGGAGAAGCACAUUUUCUACGGGAUCAUAGCCGACGGCAUCCACACGCACCCCGCAGCAUUGCGCAUUGCGUACAAGACAAAUGCAAGAGGUCUGACGUUGGUGACGGACGCAAUGUCGGCGAUGGGACUCGAGGCCGGCGUGCACUUCAUCGGCGAGAACAAGGUGGAGAUAGUCGGAAAGCGGGCGGUCAUUGCCGGUACCAGCACGCUUUGCGGAAGCAUCGCAACAAUGGACUUCUGCGUCCGGUUCCUACAGAAAUCCACAGGCUGCAGUACCGUGGAGGCGCUGGAAUCGGCGUCCCUGCAUCCUGCGGAGGUCCUCGGCAUCGCGGAUCGGAAGGGAACGCUCAACUUCGGAGCGGAGGCGGACUUUGUGAUGCUCGGCAGCGACCUUCACGUGACCUCCACGUGGAUUGCGGGGAAGUGCGUCUGGGAGAGGUCGCCCAACGAAUUCACGUACGAACGAAAAAAGUGACAAGAGUGUGGACUUGUGGACACUGCACAACACGGUGUGGCCUUGUUUGUGUAAUAUACCUGGGUUUUGCCAUUUUUAUAGCCAUGAAGGCAUUGUUAUACAAUAUCCGCAAUUAAAGGGUCCCUAUUUACUUUGGUU